UUCAGAUCCUGGAUUUUUCACGUCUUAGCUGUGUGACCUUGAGCCAUUUUCUUAAACUCAUUGCGCCUCUGUCCCCUCUCUUAAAAUGGGGACGAUGACGCUGGGAUGAGAAGCUGUUGUGAGAACUUCACGGGUGAACAGAUGCCAUGUGCUUAGGACAGCGCCAGGCACCUGUAGAGCAAACGGUGGCAGUGGAAGAUGGGGAGGAGUGUGUGCGUGCAAACCCAAGAGUGCUCAGAGCUGCCUACACAAGUGUGCAGCCGUGCAUCCACAGACACCGCACUACACACCGAAGACAGACUUCAACCUGCACAAGACCGUUCACAGACACAUACGCACGUCUCAGGAAUCUUGCCAAGCCUCCUCCCGGAACACUGAACCUGUUUCAGAUCCGCUCAGCUGGCUGUCUCCCACCACUCAGCCCGCAUCCGGGGCGCUGGGGGUCUACGGCCCUGCUCCCCUACUUGGGACCUUUCAGCUUGGACCCAAAAGCACGGCCUGGGGCCUGGGCUCGGGGAGCGGAAGUGUGGCCGGGGAGGGGCCUUGCAGCAGCCAAGGGUGGCCGGCGGCCAGCCCCGCCCCUACCUGUGUAAGCCGAUCCGCCGGAGCCUAGCGGAUAAAAGCCACCGGGCCUCGGGAGGUCAGCGAGUUCGGCUCCCUCGAGCCCGCCACUAGGUCCAGCCCGGUCCAGCCAGCAUGUCCAUCCACUUAAGCUCCCAGGUCUUCAGCUCGCGCUCCGCCGCCUUCCCGGGUCCCGGCGCCCAGGUGCGCCUGAGCUCCCUGCUCCCAGGCAGCGGCGGCUUCAGCAGCCGCAGCCUCUACGGCCUGGGCGCCACGCGGCCGCGGGCGUCCGUGCGCUCCAGCCACUGGGGCCCGGUGGGCGCCGGCAUCCGCGAGGUCACCAUCAACCAGAGCCUGCUGACCCCGCUGCGGAUGGACAUCGACCCCUCCAUCCAGCAGGUGCGCAAGGAGGAGCGAGAGCAGAUCAAGACCCUCAACAACAAGUUCGCCUCCUUCAUCGACAAGGUGCGGUUUCUAGAGCAGCAGAACAAGCUGCUGGAGACCAAGUGGACCCUGCUGCAGGAGCAGAGGUCGGCCAAGAGCAGCAGCCUCCCCAGCCUCUUCGAGGCCCACAUUGCUGGCCUGCGGCGGCAGCUGGACGGGCUGCAGCUGGAAGGGGGCCGCCUGGAGGUGGAGCUGCGGAACAUGCAGGACGUCGUGGAGGACUUCAAGAACAAGUACGAAGAUGAAAUUAACCGUCGCACGGCUGCUGAGAAUGAGUUCGUGGUGCUGAAAAAGGACGUGGACACUGCCUACAUGAACAAGGUGGAGUUGGAGACCAAGUUGGAUGCCCUGAAUGAUGAGAUCAGCUUCUUCAAGACCCUCUACGAGACGGAGUUGGCGGAGCUGCAGUCCCAGAUCUCGGACACGUCCGUGGUGCUGUCCAUGGACAACAGCCGCUCCCUGGACCUGGAUGGCAUCAUCGCCGAGGUCAAGGCCCAGUACGAGGACAUCGCCAGCCGCAGCCGGGCUGAGGCCGAGUCCUGGUACCAGACCAAGUUUGAGACCCUCCAGGCCCAGGCUGGGAAGCAUAGGGAUGACCUCCGGAAUACUCGGAACGAGAUUGCAGAGAUGAACCGUGCCAUCCAGAGGCUGCAGGCUGAGAUCGACAGCAUCAAGAACCAGUGUGCCAAGUUGGAGGCUGCCAUUGCAGAGGCCGAAGAACACGGGGAGCUGACUCUCAAGGAUGCACGGGCCAAGCUGGACGAGGUGGAGGCCGCCCUGCACCAGGCCAAGCAGGACAUGGCGCGGCAGCUGCGCGAGUACCAAGAGCUCAUGAACGUCAAGAUGGCCCUGGACAUCGAGAUCGCCACCUACCGCAAGCUGCUGGAGGGCGAGGAGAGCCGGCUGGCCGGAGAUGGAGCAGGAGCUGUGAACAUCGCUGUGGUGAAUUCCACCGGCGGAGGUGGCAGCGGGCUGGCCAGGCUGGCCUUCGGAGGAACCAUGGGUAGCAAUGCCCUGACCUUCUCUAGCGGCGGGGUGCCCGGGGUCAUCAAGUCCUAUUCCACCAGGACCUCCACCACCACCCACAGGAGCGUCCGAAAAUGA